UCCAGGCUUUCCUAAUCCUCAGGGACUUUAAAAGGGUUUGCAGCCAGGGGAGUUGGGGGGCGGGGGGAGUGGAAAUCCAAGGGCUGAACUUAUGCAGACUGUGUAUAUUUCAUUUUGUUUAACUCCAUCUAGCUCCCUGACAGACUUACUCAUGCAGAUAACAGGACACAGGAAAAAAGAGCUAAAAUUCCAAAAACUCAGAAGGAAAUGGAGCAGGGAUGUCCCAGGGGUACCUUGGAAGCUCACGCUGAUUUGAGGGGGUAUUAAUUGGGAUCUUCUCUAAAAUGAAUUUCCUGUUUUGACUUGAGUGCCCUCCAAGGCUUAAAGUGUCAGAUCAAGUGUCUACAGGCAUUUGGAAAUCAAAUAGGAAUUUCCACACUCCAUUGGAAUUCUUGUUGGUGAUGGAGAUGCCAUAACCAUAAUUUAGACACAUUCUAAAGCAUAUACUAUUAUUUCAUGGUGGUUUUGGCCAAGGAGAAUAGAUUGGUAUUAUUAAAGUGGAUGGGAUACUAGAUUUUAUACUUCUGAAGCCCUCUGUGUUUGCAGGCUCAGCAGAAAGUGCUGGGAAGCUAUUCUCUAUAGGAUAAGAAUUUCCGACAGAAAGGAACAUAUUUGGCCCUGUACUUGAAGAUCCAGGAGGAUUAAGUAGCUUGUCCUUUACCAAAGGCUUAAUGAGUCGUAGCGCUUGCAUCCAUAAGUAAUGGUUUCAUCUGGCUUCUGGUAGUGGGGCAGCUGUGGGCGCAGCCGGUGCGUCUGGUAGACCAUGUCUGGUCAUGGUACGUAGAUGGGUUCAGAGUAACCUCCUAGUCCAAGUCUUGAUCAAAUAACGUGGCAUUUCCCCCACUUCUCUAAAUCUAUACUCAACCCAUGUAUUUUGAGGGGCUGAGAAGAGGACAGGAUUUAGGGGAAUAAAUAGAAUAAUGACAAAAAUGUAUUUAAGAGCAUAGAAUUUUGAGCAUGGAUGGAGGGAGGGAGAAAAUACCGCUGUAGCAGUGAUCUCUACCAUGUAGAGGGACGUUUCUUCUCUUGGGCUGUUGGAGAAAAGUUUGCUUCAGGAGGUGGAGGAUUCAGUCUAAUGCAAAUAUCUGUGUGAUUUGAGAUAAACAUCACCUGGGAAAAAUCAGUGACUUGCAACCCUCGCUGUAGCUUAGAAUAACCUGGAGAGCUUGAACAAGAAGCACCGCGUGGGUCCCAUCACGAGAGGUUCUGAUUUACUGGGUCGGCAGUGGGUCCCAGUAUCGGGGCAUUUCAGAGCUCUCCAGGUUUUCCUAAUGUGCAGCAAAGAAUGAGGAUUAGUGGGUUUCUCCGUGGUCUUCAGCAGGUACCUUGGGUUCUUGGCCAAGUAGACAAAGUGGACAAAUUUCCCAAGGCCUCUCUUCUAUGAGAAUCCUUCAUCACAAACUCAGGCUACUAACUCCUUGUUCAACUGGUGAUUUCUAACUGUGCAUGCAGGAUUUCAUCUUUCUUCUUUCCUUUCUUUCAUCUCAGCAAAAAUGGUCCAAAGAUGGCCUUCACUUAAUUGAAUAAAUAUGUUUUAGGAGGGUUUAUAUAAAUUUAUUUUAAUUCAUGCCAAUUCUAGCAAACGUACUAUGAACUUGGGUAUAUGUUCCAACAGAAAAGAGAUCUCCAAUUAGCUGGAAGCUUUCAGCCGAAGAAAGGUGGCCAGGCCUGAGGUGUACUGCUCCAGCAUGCUUUUGGAGCACUUUUCAUGCUUUUGGGGCAGUUUUCAAAAUCUGCAUGUCCUUUGUUAUUUAACGGCUUGUUUUCUGCAGCCUCUGAGACAACAGGAAUUUCUCCUGUGUGGAGAGGCUCAUUUAUCCCACCUCUUAGGAGCCUCUUUAUAUGGGUCUCUGGUGUUGACAGUCCUGGCCAGGCCUCCAGUGCUCCUUGGUAUCUGAGAACUGACUGCAACUCUGUAGCAGUCUGGUUCCAUUCUGGAGUGUUCUAGGUGGCAUCCUCAGAGCCAGGCCGAACUGAAAUGGCAGGGAAUGGGAAAAGGUCUUGAAAGUUAUUUUGCCCUAGUGAAGGAAUUAUCUUGUGAAAUUUUUAUCGCAUGCAUGGUAAUUACUCAGCCAGGGAGAUUUCAUCAGUGUUUCUUCCCUUGUGUACAUGGUUUCCUGGUUUGAAAGAACAGCGGGAUUUCUGACCACGGCAGAUCUAGCCUUGGACACAUCCCUGAUUAACCUGACGACACACUUCUUUGACACAGCCUUGAUUAUUUCCAGAACAAGUAGUAAAGGGAAAAGUCAGAUGUUGGUCUCCUUCAUAUUUACCUUGGGAUUUCUGGUGACAGAAGAGGCUGUGGACCAUUUGAUCCAACGGGAGGGCCUGAGGACUUUGAACUGCAUUCUACAAGCUGUGCCUCGAGAAGAGAGAAAACAGCUCCUCGUGUCAGAAGACCCAUGUCGUCUUAUGAAAGACCUUGCAAGGACAAUCUUGACUGUGGGUGAUUAUGACCAGCAGGUUGCUCUUUGUGAAGCAUUGUGUAGACUGACGACAAAAAAAUCAAGGGAAGACCUCGUCCACCAGUGGUUUGAAGAUGAUAGCAUUGCUGAGGCUUUCAGAGAAAUUAGGGAUCGAGAAUUUGAGACGGAUUGUAGACGGUUUCUCAAUCACCUAAAUGACAGACUUGGCGACCAAAGAAGGGUCUGUUCAUUUCCGUGCAUCGCUGCUUUUGCUGAUGAACGUGAGAUGAGAAAACCUGCAGAUGAAAAAUUAGAAAAAUUUUGGAUUGAUUUCAACCUAGGAAGUCAGAGUGUAACUUUUUAUAUAAACAAUACCGAGAGUGUCCUGUGGGACUCCGUAAGACUUUCAAAGGAAGCAGUGCUUAAUUUCGGCGUAGCAGAGGCUGAGAUGAAGAUACUCAGUAUUUACCUGAAGGAGCCUAUUAAUAUCAGAAGCAAAGAAGCAAUGAAAAUAGAAAUCCAUUUUGAAUUGCAAUUCAACAUAUUACAAGCUUCCAUGAAAGCUUUAGGUGAAGACAAACAGGUGAUGCCUCACCAGGCAAAAAUCUCAGACCUUUUUGGUGAGUUUGAGAAAGAAGACACUGAGACGCCUAGCAGCCAUGAAAAAGAGCCAGGCCAAGCAGAGGAAUCCACUGAGCUGGUAGAGUUAGCCAGUGCUGAAGAUGACCACUGCCUAACGACCCUCCCCUUAAAUAACCAGUCUGAGCCUGCGCAAACAAAUACAGCCGAUCGUUCACCUGAGAAAUCAAAACUGGAUGAUACUCCAAAAGAAGUUGCUUCAGAACCCGAGUAUUCUUUAGAUUUACAAGAACCACCAGCAGAAACUCAGGUUUCUAAAUUAAAUGACACAUCUAGGAAAGAUUCUGCUUCUGAGGGUGACAGAAAGCAAGAAACAAGGAUGUCGUUGAGCUAUAGGAAACACCUCUUCUCAGAGAGUAAUCAAGAUUCAAGUACUAGCACCAGUGACCUGUCCUGGACCAGUAACCAAAAAAGGAAAUCCCUAAAGUCAUAUCCUAGUAGGAAAAAGAAAAGAACCAGAAGUAGCGCCAGAAUCUUGCCACCUUUCCCUCUCAGUAGUGGCAGUGACCUUGAGAAAGACCAAGCUAAAAUUCUAACACCAUUAUGGAAAGAGACCUCCAGACAAAAAAAUGCCACACCUCCAAAAAUUCCAACAAAAUUUCAGAGUAGUUCUGCCUUUUUAACUCCUGAAGAUUCUGCCCAGAAAACAGAACUUCACAGUCCUCACCCACUGAGCGAGCUUUCUUCCUUGGAGCAUUCAGAUGUUGAAGGAAAUGUAUCUAAGACUGUGACCCAAGAGUCAUCGAUGAAAAGUGCUAGCUUCAAACAUAAACUGCAAAACUCGGAGGACAGAGACCAAUCGGAGGGUCGUUCUGCCAAGUGGAAACAGUCGAGACUGGAGGACAGUCAUGGUCCAGGAUCCCUGUCCUCAGCAGCAGAAGAAACCAACUUGGCAGGCAUUCCUACUUCAUCCCUAAUAGUUACGCAGGAGAACUCGAAAGGUUCUGCAAUGAUCACAACCUUUGAAAACUUCACGAGAGAACUGAAAAGAAAAUACGAGCUUAGGUACAGAAGGAGCCCACUUUAUUCAAAAAAUACAAAGCAAGCGCCAGAUUGCCUAAUGAAACUUUUAAACCAGAUCCAUCAGUGCAGAAUGAGUAAACUAGAAGAGUUUCACGAUUUUGUUCUUCAAGAGCUGAGCAGUCUUGAGAAGGAUAUUCAGGAUCUGAAACGCCUUGAGGAGAAUGUUCUGGAAUUUUGGGGGAAACAGUCUGAUGAUCUGAAAUCAUUCUGUGAUCUGCAACUGCUGAGGCUUAAUCCAGUUCAGCCUUCAUGAGGAACGCCAAAGAUCCGCUUUAUGCUGCGCUCCUGGGUCUGAGCCACGGGGAGGAGAUAAGGCUGCCUCGGGCCAUGCCAGCACUGACUUUCUGCUUUGUGCUCAUUCACUCCAAAUGGAAUUCCUGCGACCUGCCAAGCUGGAAUAGACUAUAAAUAUGUUGGUAGUUUGUCCAUUUGUUUACACAAGUUAACCUUUUGUAUUAAAUUUGGUCAGAAAAUCGGAAGUUCAGGAUGUUUAGCAACUUGGAGUGAUGUUGCCCUUUUUUUUUUUUUUUGAUGAUUUGUAAAAGUAAAAUUGAUUUCUGUUUGAGAAUUCAAGUUAUCUGCAGGUGGGGAAACCUUAGCAUCUGUAUAUGUACUGCUUGGUGUUUCUCUUUAAGGGAGAACUAAUUCAAAUGUGAUGCAAAUCGCUCAGGUGAAAAUGGUGGUGUGUUUCGAAAUAGUUAUCCUUUCAUUUGAUCUGCAGAUAUUCAGUUUCUCUGGCACUUUAACAAAAAUACCAACUUUGGCAGAGGAGAAAUAGUCAUCUUUUGAUAAUUACUGAAUGCCCUAAUAAAGUCUGAGUGCAUAAAGUUGUGCAUACAGUCGAGUGAAUUUAUUUUAGGAAAAUGAAACAAUGCAAGUUGAGGCUGUCUACAAAAAAGUUUUCUUCAUGAUUGGAUAAGUUCAGCUAGACUGUACACUGAAAUGAGUUUAUCCAUUAUAAUUUAAUAAGUUGCAUAAUAUGACUUAUUUAUUUAUAGUUUAAUCUGCCUAAAACAAUCCUUACAACUCCCAUUUGUCAUCGUUUUUCUUUAGAGUUUUUUAAUGAACUCUAUUUUUAGUAUAUUGUUGUAGGCUUUGCAGAGUAUAAGAGCACUUAUUUAAUUAAUUUCAUUUUUCGAUACGAUUAACAUUUAAAUCGGUAGACUGAGUAAAGCAGAUUCCCAUCUGUAAAGGGGGUGGGCCUCAUCCAAUCAGUUGAAGGCCCUAAGAGCAAAGACUGAGGUUGCUGGAAAAAACAGUUGUUUCAAGAUUGCGGCAUAGAAGCCCAUCCUGCAGAUUUCACACUUGCCAGCUCCCACAGUUUUGUGAGUCUAGUGUUUGAAAUAAACAUUUCCCUCUCUCUCUCUUUAUAAUUUAGGUAUAAAAAUAUGUAUAUCAAGGUAUCUCUAUCUGUAUCUGUCCUACUGGUUCUCUUUCUCUGGAGAAUCCUCACUAAUACAGGGUGUGUCUAAGCCAGUGUAGCUGAGACCUGUCCCAGGAGCCUAAGGAAUGAAGUGUGUGAAGUGUGUGUGUGUGUGUGUGUGUGUGUGUGUGUGUGUCUGUUUGGAGGGGGAGGCAGGGAGUCAGAGUGGUUAGACUAUAUGGGCAACAGGUAUCAGUGAAUUCAGAAUUUUGAUGCUUUUCAGAAACUAGUAAGUUAAUUAAAGCAAAAAAAUCUCCAAGAUGGAAAAACUCCGCUUUGCCUUGGGUCGAGAAGGGCUGGAAAGCCCGUCUCCACGUGGUCUGGGAUCUGUCGAGCAGGAGGCCCAGCUGCACUUGGUCAGGCUCUUUCCUGCUCAUUUAAUGGUUUGAUUCUUGCAUUUAUGGUUUGGUUAUGCUUACUGACCAGAUAAUAGAGGAGCCAAUGCCGCCUGGGUCCCAGAGGACUGGUCGCUUCCGGCUGAAGCCCCUCACUGGGAAUUCAGACCCUGGUGCUGUGGCUGACACUUGGGGGGCACUCGAGACAGUGCCGACUCCCCUCGGUGUUUAACCUCUGGAAUUUCCUUGGGCAAAGUUCCCUCCUUCUCUCUCUGGAGGAUUCCUCAUCCAUCAAACAAAGGCAUUGUCUCCUUUAGGAAAGUUUGCUUGAGAGGAUUCCAGCUGCCUGGCUUUCUCAUUCUGCUGAAGGAUGCUUCCCUGCCUGCUGCGUGGACAUGAAGCCCAUCGAAGCGUCCCAGACUGCAGUUGAAGACUCGCUGUGGAAACCACUGAUCCAGGUGUCCAGCUUUGUGCAUAAGGCGUUACAGAGACCGUUUCUGGUGGCUCCUCCAUGUCUUUCUUCACUGGCUUUUUUCGGUACGUCUGGAUGUAGUCACGUCGAUGAGAAAAAGAGAAAAGGAUUCUAAGACCUUGUUCAUCAUAUGACAUACAGUCUAAAACAAUGCAUGAUUUUCUUGGGUACUGAACUUUCUGCCCAAGAUUUCUUGUUUGUGAUGACAGUUUUUAAGCUUCUGGUUAAAAAUAAAGGGUAAAAACAAAACGAAUGCACGCAUGCCAAUGAAAAGCUGUUUCACCUGCUCUCCAUCAGAAGACAAAGCCUCGCCAGUCCAAUUUCAGAAACACAAGUGCUAAAAAGCUGUCAGAAGUUCUGUUCCCACAGUUGUACUCUGUCUAAAACCAGCAAAUGCAAACUAAAAAAGUCAGCAAGCACGUGUUUGUCUGAAGAAGAAGAAAAUAGUUGAAUACAAUCCCAAAAAUACAGUUUUGAAUAAACUUCUCGUUUUUUCUCACGAAGCGCCCUUUCCCCAGCCCACAAAGGAGAGCAGUUCGCUACCACCUGAGGCCCUGAGGCCUGUGCUGGUCCUGCUGCCGUCAGUUCUUACAUAACAGAGUCGCUGUCGAGUGGCAUUUUGAAGCUCUCUUCCAUUUAAAUUGUUGGUUGAAAAGAAAAUGACACUUUAAAAGUCAGCAUGACCUUUCCACACUGGUUUGCCUUAAAAGAAUUUUUUUUUCCGAAUGAACAGUGAGUCUCCAACAUUGCAGUAGCUGAUAUGGAACCGAUUUAAUAUUAAAUUCAUUUAGCCCGUGUUUUCCUCCAUUCCUACAAAUUUCCUGGACCUGUGUUACUAUACACAGUUUAACUUUCAGAGGUCAGACUUUGGCAGCAUGGUGCAAAUACAUGAUUCAGAUGCAGAAUACUUCUGGUAAAACUUGCUAAGCUUGCUUGGAACAUGUUUCCCAGAAAGACCACCAGGCCAUCAGCGGCCAUCGUCCUUUGAGGACGACAACUCGGGGAGGGGAGUUAGGAACGCAAGUUCCCCUCUGUACGUUGUGGACCUCUGUUACUUGAAUUUAUCCAGGAGCACGUGCUGCCGUAACAUUUAAUUAGUAACGUGAAACACAUAAUGCAAAGUGCGGAGCCUGAGACUGUGCCGUGGCCUGUUUCUGUUUCACUCACCUGAACGUAGAAGUUUAAGAACAGGAUGACCAGGGUGAGCAUGUAAGAGGACUGAAAGAUGAGGCAGCCCAAGGGGAAGCCGCAGGGUCUGACGACGGCGCUCAUGGUGUGCGUGAUGGUGAGCACGAACUGCACCUGCGGGGACAGGGGACCGCGCUGAGGCACCGGCCGGGGACACCACCCUGCGCAUCGUACGCUUAGCACUCAACCCCUCUUCCCCCCUAAAUCUCACAGUCAUGAAACAGAAGGCUGAAGCAGCCCACUACUCUAUCCAGAAAUGCUGUUUGCAGUUCUGUUAGGAACUGUAUAUAAUUGUACCAUUAUUAAUUUUCUCCUUGAAAAAUCCCAGUUGAAAUCAGUUAGAUAAAAAUGCUGUCACAGACGUUAAUUUUUAAAGCAUUCAUCUACAUUUCAGAGCGAGGAGUAAGCUAGCUGCGACACAAAGGACGUUUUAACACACAAGGUCUCACGCUUACAAGGCAACAUUUUGAGAGAACAGGCCUCCUCAUCCCAGGAGAGCUCUGCCGUCUGGGCCGGGGUUCCUGCCCCCUCCCACCCCCCCCCCCCCGUGGGAACGUGCAGACUCUCCACGCGGAGCGCUGACCGCGGGGUAACCUACCAGCUGGGCCUGCGUGAGGUACUUCUUCCACCAGAGGUACUUGUGCAUGGAUGGAAACACAGAGAGGCCGUAGUAGGAGUACAUUAGAAUGUGGAUGAAACUGUUCAGCGUGGGUCCAAAGAAGCCUAGAAAAGUACAGUAUGGAAAAUUACUGGUCUUCUAGAAAGGAGGACUGUUCACUCUUCAUCCAGUGCUGCUCCUCCCGUACAUCGUUACUAAACGUGAGUAACAAAUACAGCGCUAACAGUUCACACUGAUGAAUUCACCCCGGUUGUUGUGCCAUUUUCCCGGGACUCAGCGGAAGUCCCCUAGACGGAAGACUGGACGGGGCAGUCUUCUAGUCAGGGUGCCAACCAAACAGGUCGUUCCUGACCUGCAAAGGUUCUGCUGUCCCCGUCAUCCUUAUCAGCUAAUCAGGGAGAAAACGAAACAUUAGCCUAAAGGCAGCAGAAUUUUGAGAGAGCAAGUGUCUCUGCUGUGGCUAAAGCUUUGCGCCCCUGGGACUGCGGGAAGAGCGCACCAGAGGGUUGAGGAGAGUGCACUGCUCUUCAUAAUUAAGUGAAUAAAGUCUGCUUGACAGGGACCUCAAGCCAGGAGGUGCUGCGGAAGGUGAGGGAAGUUCGUCCAGCAGGAGGCGGCGAGGCGGGCCCGGGAGACUGGACCAGGAGCUGGACCACCUCAUGCACUUUUGGGAUAAGGACCGUAGAAUCCAGUUUCAGGAUAUUUGCUGUGCUACGCUGUGCCAUGGCAGUCCUCCAUCCCCUGCUGUCACCUUCAUGAAAGCUUCUGUCAUUAACAUGGGUGAACUGUAUUUCAGGAAGCCAAGGAGCAAGGUGGGGCUAAGGUCUAUGUUGGGUCAACUAAGGGUUGAAAGGAUUGAGCUGCAAGAGGUGAGAUGUCGGAAACGGAAAUGGAGCUGGCUGUUGUGAGGAGUACGUCCAUCAAUAUGUGAAGUGCGUAGGACGGUGCCCAGCACAGAGUGCGUGCUCUGUGUCAGCUUGGGAUCCAGGUGGCUGGUCUCUGAGCUUUCAAUCCGGCGGGAGAAGAGACAGGCUGAGCAGCUAGCCGACACCUGUUAGCUGUGCCCCUCCCCUUGGACAUGUCACUUUGACUUGGCUGAAUUAACCCGGCUUCUUCAUCUGUGGUCCCAAGUCACUUUACGCCUCUGUCACCAACAGCCAUAGCCAAGCAGGGUGAGUGUGAGGACUCCUUCCCACCAGGCUGUCAGUCACUUGGGGGCGGAGACCAUCUGCUCAGGGCCCAGUGCUCAGCAGGAGAUCACUACUGCUGUUACACUGGUUUUUUCCUCUGUUCCUUUAAUGUUCAUAUUUUGUCCCUUAAACAUAAUGCUACCUGGGGGGAGGGAAAUAGCUCAGUGGUAGAGCACUUGCUUAGCAUGCACGAGGUCCUGAGUUCAAUCCCCAGGACCUCCUUUAAAAAAAAAAACAAACAUGGUACAAGGUCAUGACUGCCACUUCCCCUCCCUCCUGAAGCCCUCACAAUCCCAUCUGCAGGAAACACUUUCAAUAAAGGCACUGUGUUCUCAGCACUAACAUUUAAACAUGAAAGGAAACACUGUAUGAUAGGAAUUUUGACAUCAGAAUGUAAUGCCCUACUGUUUACUUCCCAAGAAGAAAAUCACAAGGUGGGGUGUUAUCCUUCUUAAUGUUUAAGGGAAAAAUUAACCCUCAAAAAUAUUAAACCAUAAAUAAAUACAUACAUUGGACAAUGACCUUCAGAGAACUGUACGUGUCCCAAAGCACAACGGCCUGUGAUGACAUAUUGGAAAUGAAAUGGGUAUAAUCUGUGUAUCUUACUCUUUGCAUUAUAGCUUUGAAGAUGUUUAAAAAUGCACAUCUUAAAAUUUGUAAUUAAAAGGUUUCUACCUUCUC